GACAAGUCACAAGCUUCUGACACUGAAUAGAUUUAUUUUUGACGCAGAGAAAAUCACUGUCUGUGUAAUUUCAGGAGAGAAAGUCCAGAAAAACAACAUGUUUUCACGAUCGUCUCAGUUUGAUCGGUCUCUAGAGAAGGCCACAAGCCAGCUUCUUCUAGAGCCUGACUGGGAUUCUAUUCUCCAGAUAUGUGACUGUAUCCGGCAAGGAGAUGUUCAGCCCAAAUCUGCUGUAGGAGGCUUCAAAAGAAAGAUAUCCGCAGAGAACCCACAUGUAUCUAUGUAUGCUCUUCAGGUUCUGGAGUCCAGUGUGAAGAAUUGUGGAAGCCUUGUUCAUAAUGAAAUUGCCACCAAGGAGUUCAUGGAAUUUAUGAAAGAUCAAGCUAAGACACGUACUGAUCCUGUGAAGGGUAAAGUCUUGGAGCUGAUUCAGUGUUGGUCGCAUGCAUUUCGUAAUGAGCCUAGCUUCAGGGUUGUACAGGAUACCUACAAUCUGAUGAAGAUGGAAGGUUUUAGUUUCCCAGUUCUGAAGGAAGCAGACGCCAUGUUUAUGGCGGAGAAGGCCCCUGAAUGGAAGGAUGGAGAAGUGUGCACUCGAUGUCGUGUUCAGUUUAGCAUGGUGCAAAGAAGGCACCAUUGUCGCAACUGUGGAGAAAUUUUCUGCAACAAAUGUUCGUCAAAAGCAUCUAUCAUACCCAGAUUUGGAAUUGAGAAGGAAGUUCGUGUUUGUGAAGCAUGCUAUGAAAAGUUAAAUAAAACUUCCACUGCAACAGCAAAGAAAUCUGGUUCAUCUGAAGAUGACCUGCCAGCUGAGUACUUGGCCAGUCCACUCUCUAAACAGCCUCAGGCCCCACCCAGCAAGUCUGAGCAGGAGAUCCAGGAAGAGGAGGAGCUACAGCUGGCCCUUGCCUUGUCCAAAAGUGAGCAUGAAACAAAGGAGAAAGAGAGGGACCGUAUCAGAUCUAACUAUGGACUGUAUGGAAGCAGUGGCAGUGACCAGUCCUCUCCACAAUCGAAGAGAAAUUCUGGCGUAUACACUCAACAGCCUGUGUCCGCUCCAGCCAUUGAUACCAGUGACAUGGACCCUGAACUGGCUCGCUACCUCAACCGUAACUAUUGGCAACAGAGGUCAGAAGACAACAAGUCAGCAGGCAGUAAUGUUGCCAACGUCCCAAGUGUGGUUUCCACAACAACGCCAUCAGCCCCUGCUGUAGCGGCUGAUCCCAAGUUCUCAACCCCCAAAGUGCAAGAGCCCUAUCAGAAUGGAGAGACGGACGAUGACCAGGCACAGUUCCUACAUGCUCUGCAAAGCAGCAUUGAGAUCUUUGUCAACCGAAUGAAGAGCAACUCUCAGAGAGGUCGCAGCAUUGCCAAUGACAGCUCUGUCCAGUCACUGUUCAAUGUCAUCAGCAACAUGCACCCACAACUGAUGAAUUACCUACAGGAACAAGAAGACUUGAGAACUCACUAUGAGUCCCUGCAGGAUAAGCUGGCCCAGCUGCGCGAUGCCCGCGAGGCCCUGGACGCUCUGAGGGACGACCAUGCUGAGAAGAAACGCAGGGAGAGAGAGGAGCUAGAGAGGCAGAGACAGAUCCAGAUGGCCCUCAAACUGGACAUCAUGAGACAGAAAAAACAUGAAUACCUUGAGAUGCAGAGACAGCUGCAUUUACAGAGGCUGCAAGAGCAGGAGAGGGAGAUGCAGAUGAGGUUUGAGCAGCAGAAACAACUCACCCAGAUCAGACAGAUGCAGGCUUAUGGAUAUCCACAACAAAUGUAUCAGCCUGGGAUGCCUGGUCAGAGCCCUGUGGGAUCGGUGGAAGGCUCCCCUGUGCACCAUGUACAACAGCAGCAUGCUGGUGGAUACAUGCCACCCCCGGGGCAAACCCUGCCUGGAUACGGACUGCCAGGCCAGACCCCUGUCUACAGCCAGUCACAGGUGCCUUACCAGGGUCAGGUGCCUGCUAAUAUGAUGCCUGGUAAUGUACCAGGAGCUUACCAGACCACAGUGGAUGGCAGUAUGUCACAGACAAGCAUGGGCAACUCUUACCCAGCCUCUGUGCCCAUAGGGUAUAACCAGGCUAACCCCCCAGGUAACACAGGAGGUCCCAAUCACACCCAAAUGGCACAACCACAAGGGUAUCAACCUGGUGGGAAUUCUGUGGAUUAUCAGUCAUUUAACAUGCAAAGUAUGAAUAAUGCCCUUCCCCCUGGCCAGAGUCAGCAAGUGUAUAACCCAGCCUCACAGCAGUACAUGGGAGGCGGGCAGCCCCAAGCCCAGUAUCAGCCGGGUAUGGGGCAAAUGGCACCCCCUCAACAGCAGAUGGCCCAGACCCAAGCACAGCAACCCCCACCCCAAGGCCAACAACAGCUCCUGGAGCCCCAGUUAAUCAGCUUUGAUUAAUAGUCUCCUGGUCAUCAUUGGUGUGAUAGUAAUCUAAAUGUUAUCUUUAUGUACUGUUUACAGUAGUUCCUCAAUUGAUGGCUAAGGAUUCAGACACAUAUAUAUUCAAGAUAAAUGUAUUAAUUAAUUAAUGUGCAUGUAGUUACACAAUCUCCUAACUGAUACGGCAUGUUGCAUAUAUUGUGUAUGGUCUUGCUGUAAUACAUGUGCUACAUGUAUCUCAUAUAAAUGGUCUGAGUCAUUAUAUAUACAUCCUUGUUCAGCUUCGGGGGCCUCCGGGGCUCAGUUGGUUAGCGCACUAGCUUGUAGUAAUGACCUAGGAGCCUGUCACCAGGCUGCUGUGAGUUCAAGUUCAGAUUAUGCUGGCUUCCUCUUUGACCGUACGUGGGAAAGUCUGCCAGCAACCUGCGGAUGGUCGUGGGUUUUUCCCGGCUCUGCUCGGUUUCCUCCCACCAUAAUGCAGGCCGCCGUUAUAUAAGUGAAAUAUUCUCGAGUAUGGCAUAAAACACCAAUCAAAUAAAUAAAUAAAUAAAUCAGCUCCACAUUGAUAUUAAUGUACAGGUAAAGGGCCUGUCCAGCUUCCCACGAAUAGGCAAUGUAUCAAGACAUUCCAUUUUCAGCAAUAUGUUAUUUUAUGUGCUGUCUAACAUGUGUUUAUCUGCUACAAACAGCUCUACAAGUCAGGUGUAGGUUGACCUUGCAACUCGGAGCAGUUUGGAGCAUCCGAUCAGGCACUGGGUUUAGUCAAACUGAGUGGGUUUGCCAGUUGAGCAUGUUGUACUUUUCUGCAAUUCAAAGCAUCUAGUUAUGUCCAGAGCUGUUGCUUGGGCCCAGACCUCAAGAUGUUUACGAUAACAAGUCGACCUACACC